CGGUCCUAGGCCCAAAGCUUUUGUCACUCGGCUCUUGUGUCCUCUCUUGAAUGCGAAAUGGCGCCUCACGAAGUUCGUCGCCCGUUCAAACGUCCGGCUAUCUCCGAUCAACAGAAGCGCCGGGAGCUCUCGCUUCUCAGGCAAGCGCAGAACCGGCGAGACGCUCAACACCAUGCUCGCUGCUUAGCAUCCACCGUCGUCUCUCUCCAAGCCCCUAACCCUGAACCAAUCUUCGAACCGGAAAUCGCAGACGAACCUAUUGUCGAAUCUGAGUCCCAAUCUAUACCUAGGGACAUUGAUGUGCGUCAGGCAUCGAAGCUCAAAGGCUACGAAGCUCGUCGCUGGUUCGCAAGGCAGUUGAUGCUACCGGAGUGGAUGAUCGAUGUUCCAGACCGCUUGAGUCACGACUGGUAUGUAUUAGCACGGCCCACUGGAAAACGAUGUUUUGUUGUUUCUUCUGAUGGAACAACAGUUAGUAGGCUACGCAAUGGCUCUGUCUUGCACCAUUUCCCAUCUGCUCUGCCCAAUGGGGCAAGGACAAAGGACAUCUCUGGUUCUGCUCAAUCAUAUUGUAUUCUGGAUUGCAUAUUUCAUGAGUUGGAUCAAACUUAUUACGUGAUUGACAUGGUGUGCUGGCGGGGAUACUCUUUAUAUGACUGCACUGCUGAGUUCAGAUUUUUUUGGUUGAACUCCAAGCUUGCUGAGGCUGGGGCCUGUGACCCUCCUUCACCUUACCAUAGAUACAGAUUUAGUGUGGUCCCCAUUUACAAUUGUGACCAGAAUGGUUUGUACACUGCUUACACAGGGGCAGCACCUUAUGUCAAGGAUGGACUAUUGUUUUAUAACAGGCAUGCGCAUUAUCAAACUGGAAACACACCACUGACAUUGGUUUGGAAGGAUGAGAACUGUAGUCAGUAUGUUAUCGAUACAGAUAGUAAAGGACAGGUUCCAAGUCAACAACAGGUGGUUUUGGAGCUACAAGAUGAUGGAAACCUGACAACAUCAGAUGAUCCUCCUGUUGUAUUUGGGUCCUUAGAUGGGGACUUCAUACAAAAGUCUGGGCUCUGUUCAGGAAACCUUCUACGAUUUGCUGUUAGUGAUGGUGGAUUGAGUUUUGUGGAUGGAAAGCUUGAAAGGGCUGAUCUACACUACCUGGGCAAGGUGAAUCGAGCACGUGCUUUCGCAGAUAGUUAUUCCAAGGUCAUGUUCCAGUAUUCAGUUAGGCAUUCUCCUCUGAGCAUUGAUGAUCUGUUAGCAUCCAUUACCUCGACAAAUGAUCAAGAAAAGGAAGCCUGUGAUGUGGAGAUGGCCGGUUGACCAUGACUCUUGGUGAUUGCAACGGAGAUUUCAUGGGUGUGUAUACCUACAUUAUAAUGGUACCAGCAGCAAACACCAUUAGCCUCCUCUAUAUCAAAGGUGUUUGAUACUCUCUAGGCUGCCUGCAUAGCUGUGAUGCUGCUGGAAAUGGCAUUGGAGAUGGGAGUUGGGAGACUGCAGCUUGUCCUCAGGCGAGGUAAAUCGACUAAUGGCCAUCACUGUUCAUUAAUUUGGCUGAGCAGUUUCUUCAUUAGUAUUUGAACGUGGCUUGGCAAGUAAUCAUUCUAUUAGGCCUUGGAUUAUGAAUGUAUGCCCAUGUUGGGCUAUUUAUAUCUCGGUUUUGUGGAAGAUUUAUACAACCCCUGACACUAUAUUUGGUUUUGUAACAAUUUUCUAAAAACCCCAUAUUUUUAUAUGGUGGAUUUAUCUUA